UGCAGUAAAUUUCGGAACACAGCCAGUAUGAUAUGAUUCCACGUUGUCUAAUCGAAGAACAUGGCUUCGAAAGAAAGUAACCUUUCAACAUUGUACGCGGACUUACAUAAAUUAGGACAAAAUGGGGAAUAUGAAAGGGCUCUAAAAAUUACGAACAGAAUUUUAGGUAUCUCCCAAGAUGAAGAAGCAGCAUUUUAUUGUAAAAUUAUAUGCUACAUCCAGCUGUCUAAAUUCAAUGAGGCAUUACAACUCAUUGUUAAAACUCCCAAAUUAGCAACAUGUUUAGAAUUUGAAAAAGGAUACUGUCUGUAUCGUUUAAAUCAAGUGUCUGAAGCAUUAAAAGUAAUAGAAAAUGUACAGAAUCCUUCUCUGAAGAUUAAAGAAUUAAAAGCUCAGAUAUUGUAUCGUCUAGAGAAAUAUGAAGAAUGUUUUGCAGUAUAUCGAGACAUCAUAAAAAAUUCAAAUGAUGAAUAUGAAGAAGAAAGAGAAACAAACCUUGCAGCUGUUCUUGGAAACUUAGCAAUUGAAAGUUCUGAUUUAGAACUUCCUUCCUUACGUGAGCAUACUUAUGAACUAACAUAUAAUACAGCAUGUCGUUUACUUGCUCAAGGAAGCAGAGAUGACAGAGUAGAAGCAGAAAAGAAAUUGCGAACUGCUGAGAAAAUGUGCAAGGAAGGAUUGGAGGAAGAUGGAAUAUCUGAAGAAGAGAUUGAAAAUGAAUUGUGUGUGAUUCGAGUACAACUUGGCUAUUGUUUACAAUUGCAAGGUCGAGAAAAGGAAGCACAUGCAUUAUAUACUGCUGCUCUAAAAGCCAAACCAGAUGACAUUGCAUUGGUUGCUGUAGCUAGCAACAAUUUAGUAUGCUUGAAUAAAGAUCAAAAUGUUUUUGAUAGUAAAAAAAGAAUGAAAAGUGCUACUCAUGAAAGUCUAGAGCACAAAUUGACUUCUAAACAAAGAAGAAAUAUCGCGUACAAUCAGUGUUUACUUGCAUUUUACACGGAUCAAGGAGAACAAUGUCACCAAUUGUGCAAUAAUCUUGCUAAAGAUUGCAUUAUGCUUGCAGCAGAUGCAAUGUUCAUAAAAGCUGUACAACUUAGUAAAGAAGGUAAACCAAAAGAAGCGGCAAAAUUAUUAAUCGAUCAUGCAGUCGACGAAAAGGAAUUGCCUAUGAAAUUGGCCAGCGUGCAAGUACUUUUAAGUCAGGAUGAAAGAAAAGAUGCAAUUGCUAUUCUUGAGAAUUUAAACGAAAGGGAUAGAUCUCUACCUGGAAUAGUUAGCGCGCUCGUUACACUUCAUUUAGCUGAGAAUGACCGCGAGAGAGCAUCAACGGCUCUAAAAAAUGCAGUUGCUUAUUAUAAAAAAAACAAAGAAGCCACUGAAAAUUUGAAGGAAUUGUGGCGACAAGCUGCCAACUUUUACUUACGCGGUGGAGAACUCAAAAUUGCUACUGAUAUUUUGCAAGAAUUAGUAGACGCCUCACCGUCUGAUACCAAGACUUUAGCUCAAUUAGUAGUAGCUUAUGUACAGUUCUGUCCUACUAAAGCACAGUCAUUAUCCAAAAGAUUACCGCCACUUCAUGAUCUAACCGAAAUGAUUGACGUUGACGCAUUAGAGAGCAGCAAUUGGGUUAUUGGAACUAAAGUAGUGAAGAAAAAGAUUGAACCUUCUCCUGGCAAACCAAUGUCAGAUGUAAUUCAAAAGAAGCACAAGAAACGUAAACGUAAGAGUAAGUUACCAAAGAACUAUGAUCCAAGUGUUGUGCCAGAUCCAGAACGAUGGUUACCGAGACAUGAACGUAGUGGAUUCCGUAAAAAACGAGAUAGAAGGAACAGGGAUACCGCUAUGAAAGGGACACAGGGAGCUGCUACAGGAGCUAGUGAUCUUUACGACAUCACUAAAAUGCCCGCAAAUGCCAAGCCUUCUCCAAAUCCUCGUCAUAGUUCCGCAAUAGAAACUUCAGGGCCACGUCAGCAGCAACGGAAAGUUCAGCAGAAAAAGAAGAAGAAAGGUAGCAAGUGGUAAUAAUUCUCAUGUCAUUCCUUUAAACCUAUGGUCUUUUGAUAUUAAAUAAAUAACAUAAUCUGUUGAAAAAAAACAUUUGUUACUAAAAAAUACAAACCGAAUGAAUAAUCAAAUGGAUUUGCUAUCAAAUAGCUUUAUAUUUUGUGAAAAACAUAAGAUGUAAUACUGCCAUUAAAAAGUACAGUAAUAUUAUACACUAUAUGUGUGCAUUAUUAAGGAAAUAAGUUUAUAAUUUUUCCAUUGCUUA